AGGCGUCCUGGCCCGAGCCACUUCCGGCUUGAGCUGCCCCUCUUGCGCUGAAGCAGCAAGCGCCAGCACAGCGCGCGCGCAGUCCGAGGCCCUCGCGGCGCCCCGCCCUGCAGGUCGACCAGAUGCCGUUCCACGCCCCCGCCGACAGCGUCUUGGCCCUCCGCCCAGAAGAGACCCCACACGGCGGGGCCGAGCAGGUGGAGCACUCCGGUGGGCCCCAGCACCUCGGCACGCUCUCGGAGUGCCUCCUGCGCUUCCCCGCGGGCCCGCCCGAGGAGGGGCCCGUGCCGCCGGAGAGCAGCGCCAGCGAGGCCGAGGAGCAGCGGCCCGCGGGGCGCCACGAGCGCCCCCGCGGGGCGGCGGCGGUGGUGUACCACGGGCGCGUGUCGCACCCGCGGCUGGGCGCCAACAUCCCCGUGCAGCUGGAGCUCUGGUCGGCAGGGCGGCGCGCGAGGGGCGUGUGGUUCAUGCUCGGCAGGAGCGUGGACGCCGUCGCCGAGGGGAAGGGCAAGUGGCCCCUGAGCGUGCGGACCGUCGGCGGCGUCACGAGCGCCACGCUCUGGGGGAAGGAGGUGGCCCCCCGGUGCUUUGCUGGCGAGUUCUCCUUCGGUGGCGACGGUGGCGGCUCCUUCGAGCUCCUGCAGUGCCUCCAGGUUUCUCUGUCGGCCGAGUCUGCCGACUGGGGCUCGUCCAGCCACAGCGGCUCGCUGUCCGCAGACUCAUUGGAUUCCUUGGACGCCCCGGCCAUGAACAUGAAGGAGCCUAUCGGGUACUACGGAAACAAGCUCGCGGUGCAGUCCUCAGGCAGGCCUGCGGACGAGGUCGACUCCAAGCUGAUCUUCACGUCGGAGGAGCAUCUCGCCCAGGCACUCGUCGAGGUCCUCAGGGUGCACCCCAACGGCGUGGACCUGGCCCAGCUCAAGCAGGUCAUCCACCGGAGCUCCGGCCGCUGGGUCUCCGAGGCGCUCCUCGGCUACAAGAAGCUCCGCGACCUCAUCAGGUCGCCCACGAUGUCCCAGGCCUGCUGGUUUCAGAGCAACGGCAGCUGCUGCCGCGUCUUCGGCUACAGCGCGUACGCCCCCGCGGCCGUGGCGGCGACCCGCGGCCGAUGCCCUCCCGGACUCGAGGGCCCGUAGGCUCGGCAGAGCUCCUGUGAUGGGCUCGCCAGGGACGCUGCCAGUCGCGGUGGGGACGUUCCAAACUCCUCCUUCGGCUUGUGAGCGAGGGGGAGAAUCCAGGACCUGGCGUCGUGGCCCCUAUAGGACUGAGAUUGCUAGCCGUGCUCAUUUUUUUGCACGCGGGCAUCCUCUAUCCCAGCGCCGGAAGGGUGUCAGAAGGUCGGCGGAAGUAAAACGGGGCCGCCUCCGCCAGCGGAAGCCAAGCACGGUCUUCCGCCGGCCGCGCCCAUUUGCUUUCAUGUCUAAUCGUAUUGCAGCGGAGAUUCUUUAUUAGCACGUCCCUCGGCAUGCCACCCGCGCAUGAGAGCGUCAGGCUGCCGAGCCGAGCUGUAGAUAGUGGUCCCUUGCAGUCAGCUCGAAAGUUUGAAUCCGUCCAUCCAUCCACCUUCAGGCGUUGGUUUUCCUACCUCCUCACUCCUCGUACCCAUGUGCUCCUCGCUUUCCCCUCUCCCCGGCCACCUCUUGCUUCUCCGAGCCCCUCCACCACUUUGCUUUGGCUGCGCGCCACUUUUUCGGAGCGUUCGCUCCGGUCGAAUGUGUCUCACGCGGUGAGACCUGACCACCCUUUGCCCAGCUGUGACGGGGAUCUGGGGCACUCCAUCGAGUACAGGGUGUGAUGACGAGCGUGUCUGGGCUUUGACCCAGCGCGAGGCCACGACCUUGGCCAAUCGAGGAGCAUCGAGUCUGAGCGCCAAGGCGUUCCCUCAGCCAGCGCGACAGCGCGAUGCCCUGCUCGGUGCGCCCCCCGCGCAGGAUCUCCAAGGUGGGCGAGGAGCGGCGGAGGACUCGGCAGAAUGGCCGUCGGCGGGCUCGUUGCGCCGCUGUCCGCCCUCCCCACCCCUUGCACGCCCUGCAUCCGUCGCUGGCACCCGGCGCACGCCCUCACCGAGGCUUGAGGGCCCACGGGAUACCGCCUCGCUGCAACAGAGCGAAAGCGGUUUCCGUGGUCAGUUCGUCAUAGUCUCGGGGGCACUCGCUGGUCGUGACAGGCUAGCUCCCUUCCGCCUGGCUGAUCAGUCAAGGUCAUUGGCGGAUGGUUUUCACUCUUGGUCGCCUGCAGUGGCUGCGUCCCAGGUCACAGCUGCUAGCGUCCACGGCAUGAUGCAGUUUCGCCAGCUACGUAGGUAAAGUCUUGACGCUUCGCGUAUCCCCACCACCAUCCGUAGGAAGAGGGGCCGUGGAAGAGGAAAGAGGCCCUCCUUAGACCGCCCGUCGCCUGGAGGGCUGGCGGGAUUGCCGCCGACGGGCAUGCAGGACAGCGAGAGCGGGCGCGGGCAGGUGGCAGAGAACCAACAAGCAACAUCGCGCGCUGGUCCUCUCAUCCGGGCCACCUCGCUUGCACAGCGCCAGGCUGUGAGCUCGCCGAUGCUCUCACCCGUGCGCGUGGGGACGGCGGGAGAGAAUGUCAUCUCCUUCUCACUUCCUCCCCUCGCUCGCUGUCGACAAUUGGCCGUUCGUCCGCUGUCCACGCCUCGCGUGAAUUCAUAGGCAUGCACGGCCUUUUUUAAGCGGAGCGGCCAAAACAGUUCGCGCACACAUGCGCGUGGCCACGCAUCCGCGCCUGCGGGGGGGGGGUACAGCAAGAGAGGUGGAGAAGGCGGAGGAGCCACUCAAUCGCACCUCGAAUCAUCCGUGCCCGCAUGGCAGCUGCAGCCGCAUCGCACCCGGGCGGCACCUCCCUGUAUCAAGGUGCGCCCUCAAGGCGAAUGGCUGGUGGAGGAUGUGAGUGGAGCCUAUCUGCAGCCCUGUUCGGCCUAGAUCCGCUGUUGACGCUGCACGGAGCCUUCACUUGUUCGCGCUGCGGUUCUUUCACAUCGCCACAUUCCCCCACUUGCGCUGCACGCCCCUGCGCGCGCCCCCUGACGGCUCUGGGUAGAUCGGCACCGACUGUUCAGCUGCGUUGCCGUCGGCCAAAGAUCGUCAUCGACAAAAA